AUGCAUGCAUUGUUAUUCACAGGACAGUUUUCGCCCUCUGCAAAUGGCUGCACAACAACGGUGACAUUGAUUCGCCUUGACCUUGUUAGCCACUGCCGACAUACCAAGGAGAAACGCAAGUCCCAACAGUUACAUGCUAAUGCAAAUUGGUGUUUCACAUUCCAUGCAGAAAACGCGACUUUUGAAAAGGCAAGAUCUAAAUGUUGGGAUUCAAACUCAUCUAUCGCUACAGUUCCUGAUUUCCUUACGCGUCAUUUUGUGCUUAAAUAUCUAAAUGAGAAUUAUAACCUCACAGAGAAUGUGUUCAUAGGAUUACACUUUUCGUUUGGUGUUCUUCGAUGGGAUUCAGGUUAUCCAGCCGUUGUGGAUACUUUCUGGAAAGAACCUCCAAAACCGCUUCAUGGAAAAUGCGUUACCAUGUCGCCUGAUGGCUUGUGGAACCUGGUGGAUUGUACUGAAUCGCAUCCAUUUUUAUGCAGUUCCAUGGAAAGAUUUUCUGAUGCCAAAUUCCAAACUGACUUUACCAUUCAGGAGUGCCCAAAAGGUUUCCAUUUGCUUGGUCAUCGAUGUAUUCUCUUAUACACCGAAGAGAAAUCUAAUUGGACUGAAGCGAAUUUGAUGUGCAGAGAUGUUGGUGCGGAACUGUUGACUAUUCAAUCCUUCCGUGAACAGGAUCUCCUUGUUUCAAUGCUCGCGGAUGACACGAGCAGUUAUUGGAUUGGUUUAUUCCGAAAUGACAGCGCCCAUCAGUGGUCGAAUCCUACUCAACCUGCAGUUCUUUUCACAAAUUGGAUGGCUGGAGAACCUAGAAGACUCAAAACAGUGACUUGGAGAGAUUAA